UUCAUGAAUAUAGUUAUGCAAAGGAUUUAAGUUAUAGUAAAAAUGACAGACGAAAGGAAUUUCCGUUCGUCCUAUUACGAAAAAGUGGGCUGUCGUGGAGUGGAAGAAAAGAAGUCGUUAGAGAUAUUAAUGAAGGAGAAACCAUGGGAUAAAGUUAAAUUGAAGCAAUUUUGCCUACGUUUUAUGGUGCCUGCUUCUUAUAGGAACUUAGUGUGGAAAGUACUACUUGAUAUAAUUCCAGUGUACGCAGACUCACAUCAAUUUGUAAUGGAACAAAGGAAGCAACAGUAUGGGGAUCUGCUGUACGCUGUGGACAUGCUGGAUCUGGUAGACAUGUCUGCACCGAGAACGGAAAUACUCCUAGCCAUGUGGUUACUUGAAAAUGAAGAGAGAAGACCACCUUUAUUUCCUGAAACUAACUUUAAUUCAGCAGACACUUUCCUCCCAAUUGCGAAGACAUUGAUAGAACUGUAUGACAAUGAGGUGGAUGUCUACUGGCUGUGUAAGAGUUUAACAGACAUUGUACGCAACAUGCAGAAAGAUCUUCCCAAACUGAAGGAAGCAUUCCAAAGCAUGCUGGAAAAAGAAGAUGUGGAACUUUUCAACCAUCUUGUGGAUAUCAAUGCGCUGGAUGUUCUGCCUCUCACGAAGUGGUUUAAUUCCUGCUUUGCCGGUGUUCUUGAUGUAACUUCACUGCCAAAGAUUUGGGAUAAGGUGUGCAGCGGCGCGCCUAAAAUCCUCUCCGUUGUUGCUGUGAUGCUGGUCAUUACGCUGCGGAGGAAUAUAUUGAAGGCUCAAAAUGGAGAUGAAGUUCUUAAAUGUGUCUCAGAGAUACCAGAACAAUGUGAGGAAGUGGUCGCAAAUAAGGCGAUAGAACUGUGGCAGUAUGGCGCCCAGCCACAAAAUGAUCAGCUCGCCAAGAAAUGAUGUAUGACCUUCUAAUGGGCUGGCCCCAUUAGAAGUAAAAAGUGUUUAACAAUCAGCCAAGAAGAAGAACCUUUAUGGAACAUCUGUGAGAAGAAAAUUAUGAUCGCAGCGCCUCUAAUACUUCGCUAGCACACUAGCGCCCCUUUCUCCGCUCUCUCUCUUUAUCUUUCACCUGGCCAUAUAAGUUUGUGGGAAUUAGACUAUAGAAGUUUUUGAUACUUGAGGUGUUAUGCUCUAUUAUGCUUUUGAAAUGUGCAAUUGCCUUGUCUACAUUAGAAGGGUUAAAAAUGGUUCAGGCUUUUUAAUAGGCAUAUAAAAACCUUAGGCUGUUUAAUUAUUGUAAUGUACUGACUUUGUUAGAAUAUACGCGUAAAUGCUUUGUAGUAAGUUUGUCUUAGAUUGUUAUAUAUUUUUAUUUCAUAAUCAUUUAGAAUGUCGAUCACGUUUAGAAAAUACACAAAUAUAGCAAGUAAUUUGGUCAAUUCUAGAUUUUUCAUCAUGUAACAGUGUUAUAGUCUGUGAAUGUGAAAUUAAAUCUUGUCGUACCUUAAUAAAUGAAAGCGUUUGGAAAAGUU